GGCGCCCUAUGGGCAGACGGCGGUGCUAGGGGGGGCAGCAUGGUCCUGUGGGCCGCGCUGCUCGUUCUGCACGGAGCUGGCUGCGUAGGUUCGAUGCCCGGAGCCAGCAUGGUGCCCGAGAACAUCACGGUGAUGUUCCUCAGCCCUACCACCAUCAAAGUGUCGUGGGCCACCACGAGUGACGUCAUGGCCGACAAGUUCGACGUCAUGUACAAGCCGACUGACGCCAGCUACCGCGUGGUGACAGUGGUGGCGGGCAACUCAAGGUCUGUGGCGCUGGAUGACCUCAAGGCGGACACGCAGUACCAGCUGACGGUGACUGCAGUGCGCUCCGGCCGCAAGUUCCGCAGCAGGGCCAUCGUCUUCCGCACCCUCGGAUUCAAACAAGAAACUACUACAAUUGUCCAAAAGCCUUCUGAUGAAAUUCUUCCUAUUUCCAUCACCACCCAGACUACAACAGAAAUACCACGCACAUCACCUCAGAAAGAGGGAUCCAUGGCUACGCCUGUAACUGAAGGUGGUCUGCAGACGGAGGAGAUAAUAGGAGGUCCUCCAGAUGAUGAUAUGCAUACACCUCCAUACAUACAAGUGCGAGGUGUAGAAGUAGGAAUAGUUCUGCUUGUACUUGUUGUCUGGGCUGGAGCAAUUGCACUCUUCUUCAAUCGAUGGGGGAAGAUUCGAAUGCUUCUACCAUAUCAGCCUGACUACAAGGAGCAGCUUAAAGUUCCUGGUCCUCCUGUGGGUAGUGGUUGCUCACAAGGUCAUGGUACAAGCCAGGCUUGUCCGCAGCAUCUGCAUUGGUCAACACACCAACGUUUUGAUAUGGAUCCAUGGAUUGGCCGUUCAAGGCCAAGGGUUAACUCAGCUAUAUUUAUUAGCUCUGGUGUACGUGAUUCUGAAUUUGUUCAGCAUCAACCAUUUCAUUCAGAAAUGGGGCGUCGAACACGUAGUGCUGAAAACAUUCCAAUGAGUGGAAUGCGAGAAGGACUUCCCAUACUUUCAGUUUCAGCCCCACCCCCACAAGAAAACAAUCAAAACAUUCAAUGUGAUGAAACCUUGUGACAGUGAGUGUGUUUUUUUAAAUAUCUCUAGGGUUGCUGCCAAUAAUUAUGUGACGUGCUUCUCUAUAAACCAGUUUGUCUUACUAUCAAUAAAUGACUUGAAAUUUGAAAAGCAUACUGUGGCAAUAAUUGCCUGAGUGUUGUGACUACUGAUAGUGCUAUGACACUGUUUGAAUAAUGGUAUUGAAGUAAGCCUGCACAAACCUAAAA